UUUCUCCAUCUGUUUUUCCCCCUUUCACCUCCCUUUCCUCCACUACUUCUCUCUCCGGCCAUUCUCUUUUCUCUCUCUCUCGAUUUUGAUUCUCUUUCUUUUCCUUUCUCUUGUUCAUCUCCUCCUUAUCUUCUUCUCUGGUUUGUUGACUUGUUUUUUGAAUUGGUAUCGCUUUCUAUUUCGUCCUCAUCUCUCCAUCUGUACUCGUUUGGCUGCUUCUUACCCCUUGCCCUAUAAAUACCGACCAGACCAUGCUCAAAUAGUGCACAAACAGAUCUAAGCUUUCUCUUUUCAUAAGAGCUCUCGAAGAGUUAUCUAGCUUCACAAAAACAAUACUCUUUAAAGAUAUGUUCCAGCCAAACAUGAUGGAAGGACAGCUUCAACACCCACUCAUCAUGGGUUCAGCCACAUCCGAAACCGAUUUCUCUUCUAUCAGAGACGAAGAUUUUGACGGCAAAUCCGGCAGUGAGAACCAAGAUGGUGCCUCCGGCGAUGAUCAAGACCCUAAUCAGCCGGGGAAGAAGAAGAGAUACCACCGCCACACUCAGCAUCAGAUCCAAGAAAUGGAGUCUUUCUUCAAGGACUGUCCACACCCAGAUGACAAGCAAAGGAAGGAACUGAGCCGUGAAUUAGGGUUAGAGCCGUUGCAAGUCAAAUUCUGGUUCCAAAACAAACGCACCCAAAUGAAGACUCAGCAUGAGCGCUUUGAAAACAAUCAACUCCGAGCUGAGAACGAAAAGCUUCGUGCUGACAACAUGAGGUACAGAGAAGCUUUUGGCAAUGCCUCUUGUCCCAAUUGUGGAGGCCCAGCUUCCAUUGGAGAGAUGUCAUUCGACGAACAUCAUCUCCGCAUAGAAAAUGUUCGAUUAAGAGAAGAGAUUGAUCGCAUUGCAGCCAUAGCUGCAAAGUAUGUUGGCAAGCCCUUGGUGAACUACCCUAUUCUUUCACCACCAGCUACUCCCCGUGCACUUGACCUUGGGGUUAACCAUUUUGGGGGGCAGACAGGGCUCGUGGAGGACCUGUAUGGAGCAGGAGACCUACUCAAGUCUUUCAGUGGUGGUCCUACUGAGGCCGAUAAGCCAAUGAUAAUCGAGCUCGCGGUUGCAGCCAUGGAGGAACUAACCCGAAUGGCACAAAUGGGUGACCCUUUGUGGAUGCCAGUAAUUGAUAGCAGCUCCUAUGUGCUAAAUGAAGAUGAAUACAUGAGGAUAUUUCCAAGAGGAAUCGGCCCCAAACCUACUGGAUUCAGAUGCGAAUCAUCGCGUGAAACUUGUGUUGUUAUAAUGAACCACAGCAGCCUUGUUGAGAUUCUUAUGGAUGUGAAUCAAUGGUCGACUGUGUUUUCUGGUAUCGUCUCAAGAGCUAUGACCCUUGAAGUCCUAUCAACUGGAGUAGCAGGAAAUUAUAAUGGUGCCCUGCAAGUGAUGACUGCUGAAUUUCAAGUCCCUUCGCCGAUUGUUCCUACUCGUGAGAACUACUUUGUUAGGUACUGUAAACACCAUGGUGAUGGCACAUGGGCAGUGGUUGAUGUUUCUCUGGACAGUUUACGCCCUAGUCCAAUAAUGAGAUGCCGGCGAAGGCCAUCUGGAUGUUUCAUUCAAGAAAUGCCCAAUGGAUACUCAAGGGUUACAUGGAUUGAGCAUGUUGAAGUAGACGAUCGCGGUGUCCAUAACUUAUACAAGCCCCUAGUUCACUCUGGUCUUGCAUUUGGGGCAAAGCGUUGGAUUGCCACUCUUGAUCGACAAUGUCAGCGCCUUGCAAGUGCUUUGGCAACAAAUUUUCCAACCAACGAUAUUUGUCAUUCAGUGAUAACAACUACGGAAGGAAGAAAGAGUAUGUUGAAGCUGGCUGAGAGAAUGGUAAUAAGCUUCUGUGCUGGAGUGAAUGCUUCAACUGCUCACACAUGGACGACGCUAUCUGGAAGCGGAGCUGAUGAUAUUAGGGUCAUGACCAGGAAGAGCGUUGCUGAUCCCGGCCGUCCUCCUGGCAUUGUGCUAAGUGCAGCUACUUCUUUCUGGCUUCCAGUUACACCAAAGACUGUGUUUGAUUUCCUCCGUGAUGAGAACUCCCGGAAUGCGUGGGACAUUCUUUCCAAUGGAGGAGCUAUUCAAGAAAUGGCACACAUUGCUAAUGGCCGAGAACCUGGUAACUGUGUCUCACUAUUGCGAGUCAAUAGUGUCAAUUCAACCCAGAGCAACAUGUUGAUACUACAAGAAAGUUCCAGUGACCCAACAGCCUCAUUUGUCAUCUAUGCACCUGUGGAUAUUACUGCAAUGAAUGUGGUACUAUGCGGUGGAGACCCGGACUAUGUGGCUCUUCUUCCCUCAGGAUUCGCUAUACUUCCUGAUGGACCUACAGUGAAUCCAGGAGGCAUCACUCAUGCUGGUACCGGUGGAACUCUACUGACUGUCGCGUUUCAGAUUCUGGUCGAUUCUGCUCCUACUGCAAAGCUUUCUCUUGGAUCUGUCGCGACUGUCAACAACCUCAUCAAUUGUACCGUGGAUCGGAUUAAGGCUGCAGUGCCAGGCGACAACAUAUGAUUUUCAUUAAUAAGACUCAAUUUGCAGUAAAAAAAUAGAGCAAAAUAAGGAGAGGAAAAGGGGAAAAUGGUAGAGAAAGAUGGUGGAUACUGAGCUAUAUAUAUAGAAGAUGGAAAGAAGUCAAGAACGCACCUUGUGUGUGUUCCUUUUGAACCAUGCAUGGUGUUUGGUGCGUGUGCAGGGAGUCAUCCCUUCAGCUUGAUUUAGUUUGCAAGGAUGAUAUGGGUUCGGGUAUUGACUUCUCCAAACAAUGUAAAAGAUAUAUGAAGAAUUUAUUAUAUAUAUAUAUAUAUAUAGAGUAAGAGAGAGAGAGAGAGAGAGAGAGAAUUUCAAUUUACCUUUUUCAUUUUAAUUUUCGUGUCUUAGGUCUAGGGCGUUUUGUAUUGUGCUAUUUCAGUUAUGUAAUAUUGGUGUUUGUUCCCUUGUUGUUUGUGUGUUUUAAAGUGUUGGUUGUUGGAAAAGCUUAAAUUUGUAAUAGACAUGUACCCCUUUUCCCCAUUUUAAGAUCUAUUGAAAUAUUUUGCUCUAAUAAUUCUGAGUC